GUCCAAGUAUCUGACUCGGUUAUUUUGUAGAAAAAGUCAUGUUUUUAACUCCCUCGUGGAGCUGCUUCAAAAAAAAAUUGUCUUAGCACAAUCAACAAACAUCUCUUAUUAGUAAAAGCAAUAAAACCAUGCCUCUAAGUCUUAAUACUUCUGAUCUUAAUAUAGAACUUGGAACCCUUGUUUAACUUUGUGAAUUGUGUGAGGAAUCGACUUUAGUAUAGAACCCUUGUCUGCAACAGCGCCAACAACACCUUGAGUAAUUUUAAGCCUAGACUUGUCAGUAAAAAUAUAGUUGAUCACUUCCUUUUGCCAUGGCUUUCAAAGAGCCCAUGUCUUAGUACUUCACACGUGCACUCCAGAAAUAAUUUAAUCAUCACAGGUCGAGUUCAGGUCAUAAUUUUUGAGUCGGGUAUAUAUAUAUGUUCGGACUGCUUCGAGUAUCGGAGUAUGGUUCACAUUCGGGUUUAGUUGCUUACGGGUUAGAUCUGGGUGAGGUCAUAUUAUUUCAGGUUUCAAUUCUAUUUCGAGUUGGUAAAAAUUGAGUCUCAUGUCGAUAUUGGGUAUGAGUCAGUUUUGCCACCUCUAAAAAAUAUCUCAAACUAAUAGCUUUAUGUAGUAAAUGAAGUAUAAUAUUAGGCUUAAAUCAAAGGUUUUUACCCAUUUGAAUGAAGAAGCAUUUUGAAAAAGGUCGUGGAAUGAGAUUUUAGGUGGAAAAAAUUUGGGAAUAUUAAGGUGAAAAGACAUUUAAAUUAAAAUGUAAUUAACUCUUAGUUAUUUACCAAAGAUUAUUAAUCUCUUUUGCAUUAGGUAUUUGCUGCUUCCGGGGAAAGAAAUCCUCCCGUGGAGGACCUGGUCCGCCAGUCCAGGAUCAAGUUCGAAAGGGCGGGGGUGCAUCGCGUAAAAAAGGCCUCUUAAUGUUCUUUUUUUUACCAUAUUAAAAUAUUAAUCUAUUAUACAAACUGCUAAUACAAUAAGCUGGUCAAACUCUCAUAGAACAACUAAUUAAAUUCUCUAACACAAUUAGUUAUUCAAAUCCUUUAAUAUAAUCAACAAGCCUGUUAAUACAACCAACUAACAACUAAUCGAUUGUUAUUCGCUAAUUGUCAAAGGCAGUAAGAUACCAAAAUUGCCCUUACUUUCUCCCCCUAGGCCCUAUGACCCCUAUCCAUUUACAUUUAGCGUUCUCUUUCCAGUCCAAAGUCCAAUCUCACCCAAGCUGCCUAGUUUAACACAAGAAUCGCCUUUAGGAUCUAGCACCCACCAGAACCUCAUUCUCUUUGCUACUAAUAUACUCGUUGCAAUAUGCUGUAUUGCUGUGUAUGAAGUUGUCUCAUCUAAACUAAGGGUAUGCUUACAUUGCUUACUUAUUAAAGUAGUAAUGUUAAGUCCAGCUUUGAAGUGAAAAUCGGCAUAAAUAUUCGCUCAAGAGUGACUUCUUUAUGGAAGCAUCCAAGAUGAAAGGAAAUUUGCAUGAAGCAAAGAGCUUCUCACAUGAACUUUGCAUGAAUGGUGUUCAGUAACCAAACUCCACAAUCCAUUCAUUUCUUGCUUAGUAUUUUCUUUGGAAACUGAGGACUACUUGUCACGACCAUAUCAUGUUUCACCAUCCCUUUAAUCCAACACAUACCUAAGUAGAAAACUAGGAUGAAGAUAACUCAUGAGACGACGAUAUAUAAACUCAAGCCAAUAUGUAUGGGUUGGUUAGAAAGCAUAGUAUAUGCCAAAAAAGAUGGACCAGAAAAAGGAUGAAAUCAAAGGAAAGGUUUGUGUAACAGGGGCCUCAGGGUUUCUAGCUUCUUGGCUGGUCAAGCGUCUUCUUUCAUCUGGCUAUUUUGUCAUUGGAACAGUCAGGGACCCAGGAGAUGUAAAAAAAUUGGAGCAUCUGUGGAGGCUUGAAGGGGCAAAAGAGAGGCUGAAAUUAGUAAAGGCUGAUUUAAUGGAAGAAGGAAGCUUUGAUGGAGCAGUAUGGGGAUGUGAGGGUGUAUUUCACACUGCUUCCCCUGUUGCAGGAACCAAGAAAGAUCCAAAGGCAGAAAUAUUGGAACCUGCCAUAAGGGGAACAUUGAAUGUACUUGAAUCAUGCAAGAAGAACCCGUCGCUAAGACGUGUGGUUCUUACCUCAUCUUCUUCAACUGUCAGAAUAAGAGAGGAUAUUGACCCUUCUGUUCCUCUUGAUGAAUCAGUUUGGAGCUCCACCGAACUUUGUGAAAGGUUCCAGGUAUGGUAUGCACUGUCGAAAAUUCAGGCAGAGAAAGCAGCAUGGGACUUCUGCAAGGAGAAUAACAUCGAUUUAGUGACUAUCCUUCCUGCUUUUGUAAUUGGGCCUAGUCUCCCUCCUAAUCUUUGCUCUACUGCCUCUGACGUUCUUGGCUUGUUCCAAGGAGAAACAAACAAAUUCGAGUUUCAUGGAAGGAUGGGAUACAUUCACAUUGACGAUAUAGCUCUGUGCCAUAUCUUGGUCUAUGAACGUGAAGAAGCACAUGGUCGAUACCUUUGUAGUUCCACGGUUAUGGAACAUUACGAAUUAGCAUCCUUUUUAGCAUCUCGAUAUCCAUCUUAUCCUAUUCCUAGAGGGUUUACAAAGCUGGACAGACCUUACUACACCUACAACACUUCCAAGAUUGAGAAUUUAGGGUUCAAGUUCAAGCCAAUUGAGGAGAUGUUUGAUGAUUGUGUAAAUUCACUUAUUACGCAGGGUCAUCUCUAGUUACCUCAAAUGUUUGUUGGACUUUUAUAAUUCUCUUUCCGUUGGUGAACUAUGUUUAGGAUCUGAGAUCAUGGUACUUAGUGCCCUUAAUUAAAUUACUGUUAAGAACAUUUGUUAACUUUGCUACAUUAGAAUACAAAAAAGUAUUCAGC